CAUGGUCUUGUGGUAAUUCGUUUCUUUACACACUUUGCUGUUAAACAUCAGAAGCAACAAUGUUGAGGUACGUUAUUCUACUCUGCUUAUCAGUGUUGCUGUAUGGCACCAAAGCAAGCCCCUAUAAAUCAUGGGGAAAGGAAAUGUAUCCAGCAGCUCAAGAUACAAGGUCUCAUGAUUUAAAUGAGUCCAAGUUCAUGUUGGGACUUAAGGAAGUUGAACCGGUAGAGAAGCAGGAUCUCAAAGAGGUCGACAUUGAUCCCUAUAUGGCCUUAAGAAAAGCUAUGAAGCAGUAUCGCCAGCAGAAACACGAUAAGCCUGAAGAGGUUGAGCACUUGGCUGCAAACAAGCAGGGGCAGCUCUAUCAAGAAGCUGAGAAGGACCUGGAUGCUGUUUACCAUAACAUACAGGGAAUAGUGAGCCACGAUGAUCUCAAAGAGCAAGUUGUCCAGCCUGAGAUAACACUCCUUGACAAGGCUGAAGUGAUGGAACUACAUAAAGAAAGUGUCUAUAUGAGCCCAGAAGAAGACAAAGAUGGCUUGCAUCAUGGAGAUUUUAUAGGCCAACUGUUUCAGGUUUCAGUCAUAGAGGAUCUUCCUGAGGUAUAUACAGAACCUGAAGAGGACAGAGAUCACCUCUUCCACAAUUAAACAAGAAUAAUGCAAUUAAAUAAAUGAAAUCAUGCUCAGAGUGAAUUAAUUAUAUGAGUUUUUAAAUUCAUAAUAGCUUAAAACAAAGCCAUGCACAUAACAGUUAAAGCUCUGAUAAUGACAGAAGAUCAGCAGUUUUUAUUCACAGAUCUACCAGUAGGACGUGGAGUACGGCCUCUAAACCUGUUGAGCAGUAGGCUUGGAUUGUAAAUUGUCUUAAAUCUGCAGUGCUCUGGAAAGAAAUGCUAGAAAAAUUAAUAAAAGAAAAUGUAUUAUAAGCAAA